AUGGAGGAUGUGAACGGCACUCCAGGCGAAACGUUCGCUUUUCAGGCGGAGAUCGCCCAGUUGAUGUCCUUGAUCAUCAACACGUUCUAUUCCAACAAGGAAAUUUUCCUUCGUGAAUUGAUCUCCAACUCCUCCGACGCUUUGGACAAGAUUCGUUAUCAAGCUUUGACUGAUCCAGCCCAGUUGGAGACUGGCAAGGAUCUUUACAUUAAAAUUGUCCCGAACAAGGCCGAUAAGACUUUGACUAUUAUGGAUACUGGAGUCGGAAUGACUAAGGCCGAUCUUGUUAACAAUCUUGGAACUAUUGCUAAGUCUGGAACCAAAGCUUUCAUGGAGGCUCUUCAGGCUGGUGCUGAUAUCAGCAUGAUUGGUCAAUUCGGUGUUGGUUUCUACUCUGCCUUCUUGGUUGCUGACCGCGUCACAGUCACUUCUAAACAUAAUGAUGAUGACUGUCAUCAAUGGGAGUCUUCCGCUGGUGGUUCAUUCAUCAUCCGGAACUGUGUUGAUCCUGAAAUGACUCGCGGAACGAAGAUCACUCUUUACCUUAAAGAGGAUCAGACUGAUUAUUUGGAAGAGCGUCGUAUUCGCGAAGUCGUUAAGAAGCACUCCCAAUUCAUUGGAUAUCCAAUAAAGCUCUUGGUUGAGAAGGAACGUGAUAAGGAGAUUUCUGAUGAUGAGGCUGAGGAUGAGAAGAAGGACGAAAAGAAGGAAGAAGUAAAAGACGAAGAGAAGGAGGUUAAAAAGGAAGAGGGUGAGGAAAAGGAGGGAGAAGAUGAGGAGGAUAAGGACAAGAAGGAUGGUGAAAAGAAAAAGAAGACCAAGAAGAUCAAAGAGAAAUACACCGAAGAUGAAGAGUUGAACAAAACAAAGCCCAUUUGGACACGAAACCCCGAUGACAUUACUAAUGAGGAAUAUGCCGAAUUCUACAAGAGCUUGUCUAACGAUUGGGAGGACCAUUUGGCUGUUAAGCAUUUGAGCGUUGAAGGACAAUUGGAAUUCCGUGCCCUUUUGUUCGUUCCACAACGUGCUCCCUUUGACAUGUUCGAGAAUAAGAAGCAAAAGAAUGCUAUCAAGCUUUAUGUUCGACGUGUCUUCAUUAUGGAGAAUUGUGAAGAAUUAAUGCCUGAAUACCUCAACUUUAUUAAAGGAGUUGUUGACUCUGAGGACCUUCCUCUUAACAUUUCUCGGGAAAUGCUCCAACAAUCCAAAAUUCUUAAAGUGAUCCGAAAAAAUUUGGUCAAGAAGUGUAUCGAACUUUUUGAUGAAAUUGCUGAAGACAAGGACAACUUUAAGAAAUUUUAUGAGCAAUUCAGCAAGAAUCUUAAGUUGGGUAUUCACGAAGAUUCUGUCAACCGUAAAAAGCUUGCCGAAUAUCUCCGUUACAACACUUCCUCUUCUGGCGAUGAACUUGUUAGCUUGAAAGAUUAUGUUGGACGAAUGAAAGAAAAUCAGACUUGCAUUUAUUAUAUUACUGGCGAGUCUAAAGAAGUUGUUCAAAACUCUGCUUUUGUUGAACGUGUUAAGAAGCGAGGAUUUGAAGUUAUUUAUAUGGUUGAUCCAAUUGAUGAAUAUUGCAUUCAACAAUUGAAAGAAUUUGAUGGAAAGAAAUUGGUUAGCGUUACUAAAGAAGGUUUGGAGUUGCCAGAAAGUGAAGAGGAAAAGAAGAAGUUUGAAGAAGAUAAAGUCAAAUUUGAGAAACUUUGCAAAGUUAUUAAGGUACCACAGAGAAUUUUAAAGAAUUUGGAAUAUUUAAUUUAUUUUUAG